ACGAUGCCUGAACCAGCCAAAUCCGCACCCAAAAAGGGCUCAAAGAAAGCCGUCUCCAAGACCACACCCAAGGGCGGCAAGAGGAAGAGAAAGGGCAGGAAGCAGAGCUACGCCAUUUACGUGUACAAGGUACUCAAGCAGGUGCAUCCUGACACCGGCAUUUCGUCCAAAGCCAUGAGCAUCAUGAACUCGUUCGUCAACGACAUCUUCGAACGCAUCGCUGCCGAGGCGUCCCGCCUGGCUCAGUACAACAAGCGCUCUACCAUCACGUCCAGGGAGAUCCAGACCGCCGUGCGUCUCCUGUUACCCGGUGAGCUUGCUAAGCACGCCGUCUCCGAGGGCACCAAGGCUGUCACCAAGUACACUAGCUCCAAAUAAAGUCUUCCCGUCCU